AUGGGCGCCGGCUUCGAGCGCAGCCGCGGCUGGCGGGCUAAAAUAGACUUUGCAUUAGACAAGACUGUAUUCGACGAGCACGCGAUGCCGCUUGAAGCCGCUCGAGCCAAAGCAGAGGUCAAAGCGUCCAAGCGUCCCGACCUCCUUGGCUUCUCCAAGCCCUCCUGGAACUCCUCCACACUGCCAGAAAACUUUGUUCCGUUUCCAGAGCGACCGAUGAUGCACCAAUUGUCCAAGUAUCACUCGCUCAAACGGUUCGACUACGACCACCGUGCUGAAGUGCUGGAGGCAAGUGAUGGCAACUCCGACUCCCAAUAUAUUGGCCGGGGAAGCAAACUGCAGUACACGGAGCGGCACAUCGCACGCUCAGCGCCGGCGUUGAGCAUUUUACGAUCGGCCCCACUUCAUCCAGCGCUGAGGGAUAAGGCGCGGUGGAACGUGACGACCGGGGGCGAACCACAUGAGGCGGCCAAAGCGCACAGGCUGCGGGCGGAGAUGCAGCUCCGUUCCGCGGCACGCAACUCGAGGAGGCACGGGGUUCCUCCCGGUCGCGUGGGAGCUAUGGAGCGCUCCGUUGCACUCAUUGAUCAAGAGCGAGCCCGCAAGAAGGCGACACGACUCUUUGGAAACACAGCCCGUCCCGAUUCACGGCCGCCGCUCUCGGAAUCUGAUAAACUUGAGCUAUCGCCGAGUCGGCAAGUGCCUUGCAAAGCAGUGACCACCUGGAGCCUUGGCGGCUUCUGCUGA